GAGUACAAAUGCUCGUAUUCAUCACUCAAACAUCUGCCCCCACCGGGAUUCGAACCCGGGACCUCUCGAGUCGGCGACACCAUGAAACUCGGCGUACAAACCACUCGGCCACGGAGGUCGCCAAGUAUAGAUUUAUCAAAUAAAUAAAAAACUCUUUCCGACAAUCUUCUUUCUGCUCAUGGACUAACAGAAAAAUGUCGUCAUGGAGAAUUAGAAAAAUAAAAUGACACGACACAUCUAUUUGACAUUUAAGAAACAAAAGUUAUUCGUACAGAAUUAGUUAUCUGAAUCUGACAACUUGAGAACAUUGUGGAAAUAUUUAUAUUGUGUUUGUUAUGUUUAAGUUUAUUUUAUGGUAUCAUGCUUUGUUUGGAAUUCCCGAUACAUAACUAUAAAUGUUAUUUUUCAAUUUUUUAUGUUUAUUUUAUCUGAUGGUGCUCACCAACAGCCAUACUAUAUCUAAAAAUAUCGACGAUAAAGAAGAAUUCGAUAGUAUAGUUGACAGUUUUAACGAUUUAGAUUACAAAAGAAUAAAUAAUCUGCAUCGUUCUCAUCAACAUAACUAUUAUAAAAGAGAUGACAAAGAAGACACGGCAACUACUGAACUGAGAAGAGAAACGGCGAAUGUUACCAAAGGAAAGUUGAAAGAGGCAACCACGAAUCCAUCGAUCUUGGUUUCUACAUCGCCGAAAAGAAAAUCGAAUAAGCAGCUACACAGUUUCUGGAACAAAUUCCGACACAGGUGGUCAGGUAAUAAGGAAAAUAAAGAUGGCCGAGUGCACAAAAGAAAAUCUCCAAAGAAAAGUAAAUUUAAUAACAUUAACGGAGUAUUCGAAGGUAAAUAUCAAACUAAAAAUACUCCGAUAUUAAAAAACGAUUUACAUAGAAGAGGAAUAUCUAAAUCUUACCAGGAUAAAAGAAAGAGAAAUAUUUCUGUAGCGCCUUCCUCGGUUACCCCUGCGCUGAUUAACAAUUUUACAGCAAGCACCAAAGAUGCCACAGUCACCUGUACACCCGAAUUUGUCGGAACUGAUUCCGGAAUAACUAACACUUUAUCAUCCAAAUUCGGUCCCACUAAAUCAUACGAACUAUUUUCAACGACCAAAAGUAUGUUCGGAGAUUUGACCGAAAUGACGACACGGCUGUCUCAAUUGAAAGAAACGUACGGCCUUGCCCAAUCUAAAAUAACACCAAAUUUGGAAAAUAUGAAUGUUGCAAAAACUUUUCACUCUACAACUUCUUCAACACCUACAAUGGAUUUAGAUUUUCCUGGUACGGCUCAAAUAGAAGCUUUACUCAAUGAUAUAAAAAUGAAAGCGAUUGAAAUGGUAGCUGAACAGAAUCCUGCUGUAACCGAUAUGAUUGCUAACACUGUGACAGAAACGACGUUUGCAGCUGACCCUAUUCUGACGCAUUUAGAUAUGCGUAGUACAGGAUACGCUUUGAGUACAUUUAUUUCAAUAGAUGUUCCGAAUAGUAAAAGAACUGUCGAUUUUAAUGAGACUGUAGUAAUAAGUAACACGGAACCAACACACAUUAUUGGUGCAAGAUCUAUACAAGAAGACGUAUACACGAUUGCGCACAAUAUUGAAGAUUUGCUUCAAAGGGAAUUAAAAAAAGCGUACGGGAAAGCAAAGGUGAAGGUACAGUCACAAUGGAACAAGGAGGUCAAACAGGCAUCAUCUACGAUUAAAUCGAAAUCCACGAAAAUGAUGGAGAAAGCCACUAAAGCAUUAAGCAAAUCGCAUUACAAAACCUGUAAAACAAAGAAAAUGUCGACGCCUAUAUCAAACAAACAAGCUGCACAUACAAAGUCCAUGAAAAAAGGUAUCAACAAGCAAGUAAGGCGUUCCACGAAAAACAACAAAGUAACCGAGAACCUUCGAAAAACUGAAACAACUCAUGUCCCUCUACCUAAACUACCAUCGACAUUCGAUGACUAUAUGAUGCUGACUCUAUUCGAACACAUCUUAGCCAAGACUCAUCAAGAUAAUGUCAUGAAAAUGUUAACUACCACUGAUGUACCUUUUAAUAAACGCAACUAUAAAAAAAGAGAUGUAACAACAAUACGUAUUGCAAAAUCUGAAGUAGAUCCGAAACUAAAGGAAAAUUUUGAAGUGAGUGACGACUAUGAUACUAGUAAUACUCCUGAAUCAUAUCCUGAAGAACCCUUGAACACUGAAAACACACUCGCAUCUACAGUAUCAGAAACCGAGGACACAAGUUUCGAAGGUUUGAGCAACAAAAUAUCUUACAACGACUACGUAAAUGGUUACAAGCAUUACUUGAAAUUCCAAAAAGAGCAAGGUGAACAGAACUUCUCCAACUUGGUGCGUUACCAGGCUCAUUUGCACCACAGUGUUGAUGAUAUAGGAAAAUAUAUUCUCAAUAAGAUACCAAAUUUAACUGCGAAAAGAAACAAACGCUUCUUCGAAGAUUAUAACGAAGAUGACAUGUCCACGAAAAGCGAUGAUUCGUGGUUCAAGAAGCAUUUUUAUUUCUUCAUUGAUAGUGGUCCGCCAAAAAAAUAUCACACCUCACAAACAGUAGCACUUAAAUCUCCCAUUUCUAAUUUAGAAUCGUCUUCGGAAAAUGGGCUUUAUAAAUCUAAAUGGUCCACAGCCAACAGUGUUAAUACACAAAGCAAUGAAGAUGAAGAAUCCGAAGAGUUUAAUUUAGACGAGUUAUCCAAAGACUUAUAUGAACGUAAAUCUAAACAGUUUUCAUCGUUUGACUACGGCGAAGCUUCGACUAUAGGCCCAAGUAAUACUAAUAAAAAGUUGAGUCGAGAUAUGGAACAUCCGUAUAGUUUUCGAUCAAUCGGGUUAGUUGGAAGAUUAUUUGGUGGCAAACGCGGAACUACGGCUACACAUAUUGAUGUUACUGACAAUAUGCUAAUAGAACCCCUUGAUGAUAAACCAGUUGACGAAGUAUCUGAAAGAGAUAAACGAAAUAUCAAUAUUGACGAAAAAAGCAAUGCAGAAAUAGCCAUGGAUAUGAUGAAAGCAACUACACCUCACAGUUUAGUAGACAUAAAACAUAAGAAUUACGGAUACGUCGAUGUUAACUUGAUACCAAAACCAACAGCAAUAGUCAAGUUACGAGAGAACAAAGGUAAAAAAGGACGCAUGAGAAAGUUCUUCAAUAAAUUUCGAUUUCCAAAACGGAAGAAGCCACAGAAAACUAAACGCGAGAACCGAGCAUUUAGAUUCAAUCCUUUUAGGAAGUUCAAAGAAUUUCUGAAAGGGAGACCUGGCGCUACUGACACCUAUAGCUACCAAAAAGAUUCACCACAUGAUUACGAUAUGUUGACAUCACGUAUAUUUACUUUCAAACCGGUAAAAUAUGACAGAAUACUUAGUCUGGAAGAGAUAAAUCGUGAAAUUCCAAAUAUAACAGAUGUAUCUAUGGAGACUGAUAUGGCACUGCCGAAGUAUAGUCCAAAGCAGAAUCCUUUGUCUUGGGACAGUAAACCUCUCCUUUACCAGCCCACGCACAGUACUCAGUAUAAGUUCACUACAGAUCCUAGCAUUGGCAAUGCGAAACGUACAUUUCAAACUGCCACAACAUCUAUGAAUAAAUUAUACAAAUCCACUACAGCCAAACAGACUAAAGCAAAAGUGUACGAUUAUGGUAGAGCUCAAAACAAAGUAUUUGAAUCAACUACAGCUGGAUAUAAUCUGAGUAGUUUAAAGUACAAUAGUCCCAUAGCUACAAAGACUCACAAAAAAGAUGAAAACACUAAGAGAUACGAACCAAAUAAGAUAGAUAGUAUACUGAACGAUAAUCUGCUCAAAACCUCAUUAGUUGACUACCAAAAGUUUACUACAGAAGCGUAUGAUCCAACAUUGAGAUUGGUUGACAUUAAAAACGAGUUGAAUGCCAUGCAACGAAAAUUGACAGAGCCUACUUUCAAAACUGUGGCGGUUUCACCAAGCAGUUCACCUGUGAAGCCCCAAAGAAUAUAUGUACCGCAAUAUCUUCAAGCCCCACCACAUGAAGCUCCAAACAACUUGAAAAUUCACAAGAAACUCAUAAGAGUAGCUAAAUUCUCACUGCCGCACUUGAAACAUGCUCAAGUCACUAAAAAUACUAAUGUGUUUUCUAUAGAAGCAAGUAAUAAAACAUGCAGAGCAUCAAAAAGAGAAAUUGAAAGAGAUACAUUCCUUCCUCAUUCGACAUUAAGUUUGACAAAUGAUAUAAAUAUUCACAAUGAAUACAGUAGACUCGUUAACUGCAAACCAUAUCCUGAUUACUUUAACGAUCUCCUAAUGUGGCAUGGUGAUCUACUUAACACUGAUAAGAUCACUUCACCAUCUUGGGAAAAUAUCAUAGAUUCAAUCCAAGAAUCGACUAAAUCGUAUGCUCAGUCUAGCGUUGAUAUGCAACAUGAGAUUAACCAACUCAAUCAGUUCCUACGUCUCCACAAUAUGAACUCUACAAUGAAGGCAAAAAGCUCUAAAACGCCACGGAGAAAUAAGAAAGACAAAACACGGAGAAACUAUAUUAAACAAAGGAAUCUCAUUAAAACGAUUGAAAUCCACGAUGACGCUGUAGAUAAAACUGAUAACAUGUUUAUUAAAGGAGAAGCAAAGUAUUAUCAUAUUGCAAAGCAGCCUUUUUUUGCAGGUAAAUAUUUGGAGACUGCUGCUCCCAUGAACAAUUUGGAGAGAAUGUAUUUUAAGCCCUAUAAUAUCAGAGGGCAAUAUGCAAAACGCAAUGGCAAUUUUUGGAAAAAUGAUAUCGAUCAAGACAAAAAGAAACAUAGUGACAAUAAUGAAGAUUCGCCGGUUCUUUUCUUAGAUACGACUCUUCUAUCUUAUGAUGACGGACCAGACUCUUUGUCCGAUAAAUCCAUUACUAAAAAUAUAUCUAAGAACUCAUUAACAUCUGCAAGGCCAUCAGCAAGUCACAAAAUAGCAAAUAAACCUAUUGCUAAAAUCAAUGAAUCACCUGCGCAAUACUUCAGCACCCCUUUGCCCAUGGAAAUGAAUGAUUUUGAAAGAUUCCUCAAGGACAAUCAUAUUGACGUACAGUCUGUAACAAGACCACUUACAUUAACACCCCAGAUCGUAAACCAACUGUAUUCUAAAAACAAACCGAAUGAUCAAAAAUCAAGCAAGCAAGCACAUUUUGCACAUACUAAAAAGGCGGUAAAUACCACGAGUACAACUAAAAAAUCCCCUGUGUUUAAGACAAAAACUGAUUCUUUAGAAUAUGACAUGAAUAACCUAUUUGACGCUGAAGUUUAUUUAAAUAAUGACAAAAGUGAUGAGGAGAUUGGCGUAAAUUUUGAUAAAAGAAUCAAGAAGAAUAGUCAAAUUUUAGAUAAUUCAAUUUAUCCAACUAAACCGGACUACAGAGAUACAAUUAAGAAAUCUAGAAAUGGAUUGUUCAAAAACAAAAUAAGGCUGUUUGAUAAGAGACCUACGACUAUGGCUGACACUGCCAAUUCAAAAAGAACAUCGAACGGCCUCGAUGAUAGUCUUAUUUUACCUGUAACCGAUGAAUCGGGAUCAGUCGAGCUGACUAUUAUAAACAUGGAGGAUUUAGAUGAUCAAAACAAGCAAACUCCAAACCGUCAGACUGAAGUAGAGUUUAGAGAGCCGUGGCGAGCAGUCACUGUACCAAAGCAGAGACUAUUUGCUGCGGCUAGUACACGAGAUGGUAAAAAAUCUCGACCAACAACCAAACGCAAAAGUACAGAAACAAUAAGAACAAAAUCAACAGGUGAUGUCAAAAAUGAUCAGCUAUCCAAUGUUAAUUUUGAUAACACUAGACGUUUGACGCAGGAUAAACUUGGUACCGAUACUGAAUUAUUCAAUGUUCCCACGAGUCUGUUACCACAGUACAUCAGUACAGAUUUCUUUAAACACCAUUCUAAGCAUCAUCAUCCGAAAAGAGUCAAGAUCAGUAGUCAUAACUAUAAAUAUGACAUUAUUUAUGAUAACAAGAAUAAAUACAGUGGCAAACGCGAUGUGAGAUUUCCUUAUGCUACCACAACCGAACCUUCAGCUGAGACUCAAUUGAUUGAACCCAAAAACAACAGUGAUAGUCCUGAAACUAUUGGAAGCGGAUGGGACAUAAAAUUCGCAAUGAAGAAACGAGAAAUUGAUCAAGGGACUACACAAUUUGAAACGCAAAAAUCAAUGGAAUCCGAAGAUGACGUUGUUUCAUUGUCACCGAAUUGGAGGGAGAAGAGAAGGCUGAAAAUAUUGUCACAUAUAAAGGGUAAAUUGAAACAUUUACUCCACAAAACAUCAAAAAGUGACGAUAAAUCGGUGACAACGGCAACACGGACAAUGACGUCAGCAUCUUCAACUGAAAAAUUGACGACUGACAAAGCGAAGAGAGAGCAACAAUACGAUACAUGGAAUCAUGGUUUGAUAUCAGAAAACAAUGGUCCAGUGAAUUACAACUUGGACUUCGAUAAAUUUGUAAUGGAACGGGUAAAAUCUAGUAUCGAGCCUGUUGCUACAGUCGUUUUGACUGACGCUGAUGAGAAAAUAAUUACUCCCAGGAAUAAGAUCGAUUCAGUAAAUAGCCAAAACGUUGAGCAGGCAGCAAAUGAGUCGACUAUUAUUCAGUUCACUUACAAACCUGAGCAUAGCGUACCCGGCAGCGAAACACCGUACCCCGGAACUAAGCUAGAGAAACGAGAUAUCUCCCAAAAACAUACAGCAAAAGACGUGGCGGCCAUCGAAGUUAUCAUAGACUUGGUUAAAAAUACUGCCAGUUUUGAGGACUCCGAAUCUCUUCAACCCCAUGAAUAUAAGAGCGUAGAAUUACCGGUGACUAAUAUAAAAUCACGCUCCACCACUCCAAUCCAUAAUUCUGAUACUAAUGCCAUUCAAGUCCACAUUGCUAUUCCGUACAAUCUAGAUAUAAAACGAUCCGUAGAACCAGCGAAAAUUAGAAAAGUCUUUACGGCUAAAAUGCUCAAGCCGGUCGAUUUGGAGUACCAAGUGCACGCUUUCGAAGAUACUAAACCUCUGGAAGCCAAUGAAACUAAUUCCGCAAGAAUGUAUCUUCUAGUUGACGCGAGCGGUACUUUAGGUAAAGGAGACUACGCCUUGAAACCUAUUAAAGGUAAUAUAGAUUUAUCAAAAAUCAAAAUCAGACAAGCCGCAAGUAAUAAAGUAUUUGAACAAGAUAAAAAUUUGGAUACCACAACUGCAGCUGCUAGUGCUAACAAUUUGAGUAAAGUUACUCUCAGCAAAGAUUUUGUUGCUGCUAUAAACAAGCACUUGGUGCAACUUUAUGAGAAUCUGUCUUCUGUCAAUCAGUCAGUGCUUAACCAUAAUGUUAAGAUUAGAGAAGCAGAGGCAAACUCAUCUGUCGGGCCGUCAGCAGGAUCUGGCAAUGAGUACAGGAGACACAUUGAUUGGGAAACAGUUAAAAAUUAUUUUGGACAUGACAGAGUUUGCAAUUGCAAGUGUAAAGCGAACCGGACCAUGUGCAGAGCUUGCGCUGCAAGCGACGCCAUAAUUUCUGAACUCAUAUUCGAAUUCGAUAACUUAGCUAAAUACAUGUCGGACCAUUGCACAGAAAUACAAACUUUCUUCUGGAUGAACCCCAGUGGGGGGAAAAAACUCAGAGAUUCUGUGCACAGAGUGGAUCAAAAGUUGCACGAUUAUUACAAAAGAGUCAAAGGAAAAUGUCAAGGGCGCACAUGCAAGACUUUUUCAACUUGUAUCGACAAACGCAGUAUCGCACAAGAAAAUAAAAUCCCGAAAAAAUAUGUUGGGAAUGCUUUGGUCAGUGACAUACAGAAGUUAGCUCGUGACAUCGAAAAAGCAACGACUUAUGGCAUACAUUGUAACGAAAACCUUAUUGCUAAAGGAAAUAAGUUGGUACAUGCUAUUACCAAUUGCAUUCAAAGCCCGCAUUAUCGUGGUAAAUUAGAGUCAGUAUCUUCAGCAAGGAAGUUUAAAAAUGUUUAUUCUCUAGAUAAUAUAAAUGUGAAUAUAAUAUGUAGCCCCAAUGAGUCUUCGGAAUCAGAAUCUUCAUCAUUAUCCACCACAACGACUGCUACAUCAAUGUCUACAAACUAUUUUUAUGUAGACACAAUCCCGCUGAAUUAUGACUUUGACACAACGGAAGUGAAACGAAGAACACCAAAAGGAUUAAGACGUCUAUUUAAUCGUCGCCAUCCAAAUAAGAAAAGAAAAUUGAAUGACCUUCGUCGUCAUUACAGCAGCAACAGUAAUGUAACUAAGAAACUAACCAAUAUUUCUCAAAAAGGAGACAUUCAGAUGUCUUUUCAUGAAGUUUCCGAUACAACCAAUAAGUAUGAAAUGAAUAAUUUUCCAAAAAGGUUUAUUAGAGAACCAAAAACAACUACAGCCCAUUUAAUUACUAUCAAACCAUCAAUAUCAUCUCCAAUAAAUAUUGAGCACAUAAAAACACCAUCAUCAGUUAUUUACUCUUUAUCAAACUAUGUUCAUAAAAGGCAAACGAAUGACACUGAUAAUCCCUCAAUCGAAACAUUGAGUUACAAUAUUAACGAGCUCUUUAAAAUCUUCCACAACUUGUCGGAUUUGGAUGACGUGCAAAACUUGUCAACUGCAAGUAUAUUGGAGAUGCACAAGAAAAACAAAACAACAACUAAAAAGCCUAAGAAAAAGAUUAAAAUCACAACGAAAAUCAACAAAACGCUGAAACGAUUGCAACAUAAACAUAAAUCUCCAAUUGGACAUAAAAUAAGUACACCAAAUAAAGCUAAGAAUAAGAAUAGUGAGUUGAUACCACAAUCUAAAAUUACCAAGAUUUCAAAUACCAGUUCUUGUGAUAUCUGUAAAUCUACGACUGCAGCACCUAACGCGACUGAACCAUUGAAAUAUCCAUCAUCUGAAUCAGAAACGACUCUGUCCACAUCUGAAACUGACAGCGCGAAAUUAAAAACCACAACAACAAAAUCGCUACCAGAAAUUGAAACAAAAGAUUCUACAACAGACAAAUCUACUUUAGAAAACGAAGAUAAAGAAACUCAAUUGGAAAACGGCCUCAAAGAUACCACAACUACAUCACCCCUUAAAGAUACUAAAAUUCAAGAUUCAAGUAAAAAAAAUCUGUUAGAAGAUCAGGACAAAGUAACUACAACUUCCAAAUCUAUAGCAUACAGCGAGACUGCAGACGAUAUAGUUACGAAAUCCACAACACAAAUCGUCUCAAAAUUGGCAGUGGCACCUAAAAGUACUACUUUGAAUGUUAAAUCAGGAAACAACUUUCUAAACAGACUUAAGUCUGUUAGCAUGGACUUUUUUCACAAUCGGUUCAAAACUACUAAGACCUUAAAAGACAAUUUUGAAUACUCAACAUGUAGCACAGAGAAUCCAUUAAUUAUGGUUGAUACCAAUGAAAGUUACGAUCGCAAAGAACGAAACCCCACAAUAUUCGAAGGAUCGAAUACAACUACAAAUUAUAAUCCUACAAUACCCAUUCUAAAUGAAAAUUUGGAUUCUAAUAACACUAACCGUGACAACAUUCUCGGAGAAAUUAUAGAAGAAACAAAGUUGAAAGAUUUGCUUAUAUCUAUAUUUAAUUAUGAAGCUAGAAAACUGAAUUCUGAAUGGCAACGGCUUAAGAGGAAAGACAAGAAAAUGGAUCAAAAGUAUAUGUGGAAUACCACUGAAGAGUCUGUUUAUGCAUUUACCAAUCAAGAAGUUACCACUCGUAGUGCUUUCAAGAUCACCAAUAAGAUGGAGUCCAAAGACCGCGAUUACGACAUCAUGAAGACCAUGGAUGAGCUGCAGGUGCCGACUCCGGCCGGACUCCGCAAGGAAACCAAAGCGGGUCUCAUCCAAAAGCUUGUCAACAAAUUCGGCAUGAGAAUCGUUUCAACCACUCGAGCGAAGGUAGCUACCGAUUCGCACGCCACACACGGAACCGAGAAGCCGGUCGCAAUACAUGAACAGCACACGACUAAAGAAGCCAAAGGACAAGAAAAACAUUAAAGGUGCCCAAAAAACAAACUACCGCCACGAACUGUGUGACGUUGAUGCCACUUACAAACACGUUGUGGAUGUUCAGAAGCAAAUACCAAUAGAAGCCUUUGAAGAAUAUGUUACAAACCUUAAGUGUUACAAGUAUUACGAAGCUCCCAGCUGUUUUGUAAUUAAAAAUUACAGACACAAAAUACGAUCUAAAAAGACUGAAAAUAAAGAUACUUCAACGAAAAGUAUUACACCAAGCAGAGAUAUGAGACAAUUAAAAUGGGAUUGGAUUCGCGGUAAAAGAUCUUUGAAAGAUGCCAUUGAUGUAAAAACAGUUGAUGCACAUAUUAAAGCUUCUCUUCAACAGAAAACAGAUGAUUUUGAAACGAGUAGAGAUACAACUAUAUUAACUGAUAACAAUAAAAAAAAUCGGGUUUCGUCAGAGUCAGGUGGUUAUGAAACAUUAUAUAAAGAUCCAUACGGCAUCUACAGGAGAAAUAAGAGAUUUGUUCACAAUCUUGAAGAUGUAGCUGGUACGAUAUGUAAUACGCCUUUAGAUCCUGAAAAGAAUGUAACUUACGUAAUGUUGGGAGACACCAUCGUUAUACAUUGCACUGAUAACAAAACUGACGAGUCAUCUGAAGAUAAUGUCGAAUGGAAAACUGAUCGAAAGGAUAUGCUCCUGUAUCAGAACGUGGCAGUACAAGGACACAGAUUAUAUAUAGAGGAGGUUGAGGCAAAGAACCAAGGGGUUUAUGUCUGUAAGCAGGCGGAUGGCACAAAGAGAAAUGUCAAAUUAACAGUUAUCGCAAUGCCCACAUAUGAAAUUGUAUGCGCUCUCCUUUAUUCAUCAGGAAAAGAUUGCAACUAUAAGGAUCUGAGGGCCUCCCUAUCUAUUGGCAAGGCCAUGGCCCAAGAGUUUUGUCCACUCAACCUCAGCUGUACCGUGGAUGUCGUGGAACCUGUAUGUUUGAGGGACCAAGGGGACGAGUCUCCGUUAGUUCGACUGUCCGCCGUUGUGGUGGUACCGCCGAGGUCUUUGUUAUGUAGUGCCCGUUGCCGAAGAGAUUUGCAAGCUUCCAUGGCAGCUUUGGUCGCGAACAACACUGCUACGCUGGCUUCUAUACCAGUGGUAAUAUUUAACCGCGGUUGUAACAAGACCUUGACGCCGGCUGUAUCAAGCAACAAGACUCGAUACAUGAUCACUCACACGCUGAGAACCAAAGAUUCGCGUACUCAUCGCGAGGCACCACCCUGUGGCAGUCCCAGGAUGUCACCCAUCUGUCCUCGUGGUUUCUACUUCCAACCACGACAUAGCAUAUGCGUGGCCUGUCCCAGCGGCGAUGGUAUGAAAGACGCUGAGCAUGUGUUUCGGCGAUCUCAACACGGUGCUGCCUCAAAGACAAGUCGGGACUCCUUUAAAUACACUGUACUAAGAAGUCAUUACUGGUUGUGGAUAUUGAGCGCGUGGUGCGUGUGCGCGGGCGCGGCGUGGGCGGCGCGGGCGGCGCGCGGCGCGCGGCGCGUGGUAGCGGCGCAGUCUCCGUCGGGCAUCAAACCGGCACCCACGGCUCGGCCGCUCUCCCCCUCGAGGGUGAUACUGACGAAGUUCUUCAGGGCAUCGCGAACUUCCACUAAAGCUACGGAUUCCCAAGAAACCAAAUUCGCUUUAUGGAAAGUCAAGAAGGUGCCGCCCCCGCUGCCUCCGAUAGAUUUCGAUUUAUAAGAUCUUCGUUUAAUGCCUUGUCCUCAAAGAUGUUAAAAACCCUUUCUCCCCCGUAGAAUAUGAAUAACACAGGUUCCUUUAUUGGGAGGGUUCAUAUCAAAGAUCACAGAAAGAGGUAAGAAGGGCCUUGUGGUGGGACAGGCGCGCCGCAGUUAUGUGUGAGCAAAUGCUCAUAACUUGACCAAAACUUGGUUGUGAUUGCGUCGUAGCUCUCGGUUGUGAGCUCUGAUUGGUUCGAUUAUUCGAUGUCGCGUCGUUUGAUUGGCUACCUAUUAUCUUUUAGGUGGAAAAGUAGCGAGCCAGCGACAUCGGUCACCGUCGAACCCUACCAACCUCUUUCCGAAUUCUGUGGUCCAUAUAAUGUUCUUUGAUGGUGAUGAUGAGCGAAGUGAACAGAUUACUGUAACUGGUAUUUAUUAUCCUGCCCUGGUUAUGUGUAACUAGUAAAAAAAUACGUGUUUAAAACAGGGGUUUUAUGUGACCCUCAGUAAAUAGGUAAUUUGAGUUAGCCGUUAUGUUUUUUUUUUAAUGAAAUUCCCGUUUAUUUCGUAUUAGGUUUUCAAAUAAGUUUGUCACUCAAAAUAAAGAACGAAAAUUUUCGAUUAGCUAACUAAAUUAAGGUUAGAUUGGAACUAUGUAUGUACUGGUUAAACUGUGUUAUUAUAGUUCUUUGCAAUUACUGAUAAAAAUGACAUAUUUAAAAAAAAUACGUCAAGUUUUAAUAUCUGUGAUUUGAUUAAUAGAAGCCAGGUCAGCCGAAUACUAGAUUCACAGAUGCCAUAAAAUAUUUUGUUUUGUAAAUGUCUAUAUUAAAUUUAUCAGAAAAUAACUUGUUUUACGCUCAUCAGGUUAUUUACCACUGAAUGUGACUUUUUUUACACAUGAUUUACAAGGAAAUUUUGAAAUAGGUAUUAAUUUAAUAGUGAAAAUAGACAUAAUUUUAUUUUGUGUAAGCGUAUGAUGUUGAUGCAAGUAUUUUUAGAUAUAGUUUUGUUUAAGGGAGGCACUUAUCUUAGUCACCUAUUUUCUAAGAGAUAUAAUUAUUAUGUAAAAUGUUAUAUUGUGUAUUAUUCAUACUGCAUUAAGUUUAAUAAAGAACCUGUGACUGGAA